AUUACAUGAACAGGAAUUAACAGACCUCAUGACAGCUGGUCAGAUCAAGGCUCCCACCUGUAUUCCACUCCGUUCAACACCAGGCAGUAAACAGAACAUAGACGAUGACACUCCGAUAGAACUAUCAUGUGACACGCCUAACACUACUAUAUUCUACACUAUUAACGGGGAGAAACCUGUUCCUUUCGAUACUAAAAGCAGAUGGACUUACACUUAUACCGGUCCGUUUCUCUUAUCAGCCGGCAAGAGGACUAUAAAAUCAGUAGCCUCCUACCCGGACGGAAGGAAUAGUAACACAGUAACUAAAGUGUACUAUAUAAAGGAAUCUAACCCUGUGGAGGAGUUGGAGCGGCUCAGUUUGGAUAGUCAGUUGGAUAACAGCUUCAGUCAGGAAGAGGACACGUUCAAAAGACGUGUUUUAGCAGAAAGUUUCCGUAGCAACGUCCAGGCACUACCUCCAGGAGGGCUGUACACAGCAAACCGCGCCAAGCAGCGCAGCGGGACCUCUCCAGGGCGGGGCGAGCCCGUCUCUCCCACGGGGCCGGUACCGCGCGCCUCUCCCACGGGGCCGCGCGCUAGUACUCCGAGUAGGAGUGCUCCAGGUACUCCGAAUAGGAAGAGAAGGAGUAUGAAGAUAGCUACUGAUGUCAUGAAACAGGUGCGGAUUGAAGAGGAUUCGUUGCAGACUAAUAUGACGUUUACAAAAGAAACAGAGAAAUGUCCUCAGUGCUUCACUGAUAAACCUCCUAACCCCCUCGCUAAAUACUGUCACCAGUGCUCCUUCUAUCUACCUCCUAAUCCAGUAGAGCCUGGUACGGUGAAGUGUUUGCAUUGUCACAGUACUGUUCCCGGAGAUAUGAGUCACUGUUUGGUAUGUGAGGCUAGGAUCACAUCACAACAACUCAACCUUCCUACCACGGAAGCAAUAGUGUGUAGUGGGUGCAAGUUCAAGAACCCUCCGGGCAGUAAAACAUGUGUGGUAUGUGAGGAACGUUUGGAACUGACUAUAAAACCUCCCCAGCCUGCUCCACCUCCUGCUUUCCAUCACGAUCACAACAAACGGCAAUGUAAGAAGUGCAGCAGAGACAAUGCACUAGAAGCACGGUACUGCGACUGGUGUGGCGGGUCUAUGGUUGACUUGUCUCAGCCACUUGUCUGUUGUUCCUGCGCAUUCCAGAAUCCGCCACUAGCCCUGUACUGUGGUAACUGUUCCUUCUCCCUCCUCCCAAAACCCACUGUCUCCACACCCACCAAAGUGUGCUGGAGUGACGAGAUACCCCACCCUCCACCACCUGAUCCGGUCAUUCGAUCACGUGAUCCCGUGCUCAUAUCUAUUGAUACUCAAACGGAGGGUAUUUUCUAUAAGUCAGCUAAACGUCUGCAAGCUGAAGAGAACAGUACGACAGAUAACAUGAGGCAGGUAUACAGAUCACGUGGUCUCAGUAUUACUAAAUACAGUCCUGGUGGAGGGAACUGGAGACAGAACGUGGAUCACAUCACUAACCACAUCAAGGUAUAUAGUCAGCUGAAUUCAGAAUACCAAGACAUCAUUGGGAAGCAUGCGUUCGGUAAAGUAACCAUGGCAACACUCUUCAAGGACAUGAGCGAGCUCCACAUUUCUUACGUGUUUUCAACGAAGAAAGCCUCCAAAAAGACAGGUACCAGAACCUGUAGUAAUCUCGCAAAGAGUAUGGGUAAAAAGAGCGUAUCACUAAACUCAGUGGCAUCCUCGCCCCAAAACAAGGCCCCUCGUGCAGCCAGCAUCGCCAGCACCACACCCUCUGAUCUAAGUGAACUGCUUGCGGAGGAACUGAAGAAACCAGGAGCAGAGAACGGGGUGGUUAUCACUAAAACUCACGCGUUACUCCAGGAGGGCUCUGAUAACGGCUCUAAGAAGAGUGAUGAUCUGAAAGCAUCCUCUAAAACAAGUCUAAUCUCUAACGGUGACGAUGGAGGGUCGGGGGGAGGCGAUGAUAAACCAAUACCCAGAGCUACUAAAGAUGACAGUUCUGCUAGCAUGUCUAGACAGACUUCUCAUAGAAAGUCUCUAAAGAAGAAGGUAGCACCUAAAGAUAUGCACGAGUUGAGAAUAGGAAAACUAAACUCCACGCUGUUAAGUGAGAUAAUUAAAGAUGGCGAUGAACAGCGAGUGAAUAGACUACUGGGUCAAGGAGCAGAUUGUAACACAACAACUUCUGGUGGAGUACCUGUACUGUGUCUGGCUGCUAAAAACAAGCAUUUCGGAGCUUUCAAAGCGCUCACUGCACACGGGUCUGAUCUACAUUCCACGGUGCCGUCUACCCAAGACACAGCACUGCACAUAGCAGUACAACAAGGUUCACAAGACAUUGUCAAGUUCCUGGUAAAACAGGGCGCUGACUUUCAGCGUCCCAACGGUGCCAACAAGUCGCCUCUUGACGUCGCGCGCGAGCGCCAUAAUCAGCGAGCAGUGCAGCUGUUUACUUCCACCAUGGGGUCGAGUUUGUUAGGGAUGAAAUGAUGAGUUCUUCCUUGCAAUGACUCGAUCCACUAAUAUUGGGAGGAAUUCUGGAGAGAAGAUUUCGCAUAGAUUAAAUUAUUGCUAACAGUUGUUUUAUGUUUGACUGAUGACAAUAUUCUUUUAUCAAUAUUAUUUUAUCGACAUAUUCUGACAGCUCAUUUUAAAACCUACAGCGUGCUCACGUUUCAAAACAUGAUAUCAUCAGUAUUAACUUUUUACUUAAUGUUAAAUCUUCAUCUCUUGAAAAGUUGAUGUAUCAUAAAAAGUAGCAAUAUAAUAUAUUCUUGUUUAAAGAAGUUAAUAGUUAGGAAACUGAAUGAAAAUCACAAUCUCUUUACUUUAUAUUAUAGUAACUUAAUUAAAUUAAUUUGUAUUUAGCUUGUACAUACACUAUUUAGUAUUUAUAGUAUUUAUCAUAAAGGCCAUUGAUAACUGGUCGGAUUUUGUAAAUUUACUGUAAAUAGCACGAUUCUGUUUUAGAGGCUGGGUGUUUUAUAUUCACGUCAUUAUUUUUAGAGAGAGAGAGAGAGUGAGAGAGAGAGAGAGAGAGAGAGAGAGAGAGAGAGAGAGAGAGAGAGAGAGAGAGAGAGAGAGAGAGAGAGAGAGAGAGAGAGAGAGAGAGAGAGAGAGUGAGAGAGAGAGAGAGAGAGAGAGAGAGAGAGAGAGAGAGAGAGAGGGGGAGAGAGAGAGAGAGAGAGAGAGAGAGAGAGAGAGAGAGAGAGAG